CUUUUUAUUAUUCUUUGCUCCCUCUGCAGUUACAAUGCUGCCUGGUACCAGGCCCCUGCUGCUGUGUGUGCUGUGUCAUGUGACCACCACAUGGGCAUUCGCCCGCAUGUCUGACGCCGUGGAGCUGCGGUCCGCCUUCUCUGUGGCACGUACCAGCAGCAUGGAGGGAGGGCCGAAGAUGGUCAUCACCUUUGACAAGGUGUACGUCAACAUUGGUGGCGAUUUCGCAAAGGCCGGCUUGUUCCGCUGCAGGAUUCCGGGCGCAUACUAUUUUUCUUUCACAGUGGGGAAGUUCCCACGGCGAGACCUGUCGGUCAUGCUGAUGAAGAACCGCAAUGAGGUCCAGGCGAUCGUGUACGACGAGAACGCCGGAGAAGAGCGGAAAGUGCAGAGCCAGAGCGCCAUGCUGCAGCUUGAUUUCGGAGACACUGUCUGGCUUCGCCUUCACGGAGACCCUCGCUACGCUAUCUACAGCAACACUGGUCAUUACACCACCUUCAACGGUUACCUGAUCUACCCUGAUGUGUAUGGCUACCAAGAGCCCACUCACAAAGUCCAUGACAGUGACCGUCAACCACCGGAAAUCAGUGAUUACUCACUGUCUGAGCAUGAAAAUACAAUUACCAAAGACACUGGUGUGAGUAUGAAAGAAGAGAGAAGGGGGGAUGACGAGAUAAAAGAGGAGGAUGGUAGAAUUGGAGAGGAGGAAGACGACGACCAGAGGUCUGCAUUCUCGGUGGGCCGCACUCAGAGUAUUGUGGGAGUGGAUCAAGGACACCCUGAGCACCAGCCCAUCAUCUUUGACACUGAGUUUGUCAACAUCGGCAAUGACUUCAACUUAAGCUCUGGUGUAUUCAAAUGCAGUGUACCAGGAGCCUAUUACUUCUCCUUCAAUGCUGGCAAGCUGCCCCAUAAGACCCUGUCAGUGAAGCUGAUGAAGAACCAUUUGGAGGUACAGACCAUGAUCUACGAUGACAGCGACACUGAGAAGGCCCUGCAGAGCCAGAGUCUGAUGUUGUCACUGCAGGAUGGAGACACUGUCUGGCUCUACAGCCACCAGAGGGAUGGAUUUGGUGCUUACAGCAAUCACGCCAAGUAUAUCACUUUCACUGGCUUCCUGGUGUAUCCCGAGCUCCACCAAAGGUCUCCUCCGCAGCAGCAGAAACAGGAGAAGGCAUUGUAGGCCAGUCAAGGAGCCAGUCUAUCGGCGGGUCUUUAGGAUGGGUACGAUUUUGGAGGAGCGUCUGUCAUCACUCUUGUGGUUUGCUUAUUCAGUUUCCUUAUUACAAAAUCUGUCAAGCUCUUGUUUUUAUUCUGUUUAUCUACUUUAUGAAGAUUACACCUAUUACACAUUGUUUAAACAAGGCCUCUACUCAGCAUCCCUAAAGUUAGCAUGAAACGGAAAUUGUGAUCUUCUAUUGUUCUCUAUUGUUGAUCGGAAUUGAUUGGAACGGUGGAUUGUUGUUUGCAAAUCUCAUGUGAGUGACAGGUUGCUGGAUUAUUUCCCUGCCAGAGCGCUGGAGCGUACAUUAUCAGAGAUGUUAUUGGGAGGGGGUGUUAAUGUUCUUGGUGAAUUAUUAUUAGGACACAUACAUUUUAAGAAAAAAAAAUAUUAGCUCAGAGAAAUCACAUGAUAAAGACUGCAACAUUCAAAAAAAAAAAUUGUCAAUUUUGAUUUCAUGGUGACUUUAAGGCCUUGAAUGCGGAGUUCUUACAACAAUAUGAUAAUAAAUCGAACAUGUCACUUAAAGGGAUACUCCACUUUUUUUGGAAAAUAGGCUCAUUUUACA